CCAACCAAUCAGCGGUAGUAGGCGGGGCUUAUGAACGGCCAUAGGAAUGAAUGGAGCAGUCAUUUGUCCUUUUCAGCAAAGGUAGUGUUUAGUUUAGGUUCUGAUCACCUAAAUAAGUGCACAUGGACAAAUAUCUGGGAUUUUGAGGAGAUAGAGGAUGGAAAUGAGGCAGGAUUACAACAGGACAUCUUGUUGACCCUUACACACACACACACACACACAAACACACGCUAUGGGGAGUCCACAGCGGCCCAUAACCCCGCACCAGGAUCACCACAGAACCAGAUCUCUAUCUCCAACACAAAGGCCAGCUGUCGGAAACACCAUCAUAGAGGGUGAUUUGCAUGGGGAGACAGUGACAGUAACAGUGGAUCAGACAGAAGACGGUCAUUUGGGCUUCAGUGUUCGUGGAGGAGCCGAACAUGGCCUCAACAUCUUCAUCAGCAAAGUGGAGUACAACAGUGCUGCAGAGCAGGCAGGUCUGUGUGUGGGGGAUAAGCUCCUGGAGGUGAAUGGUAUCAGUCUGGAGAACAUCAGCAUGAGCAGUGCUGUGAAAGUGCUGACGGGCCACCGCCGCCUCCGAUUGGUCCUCCAGAGAGUGGGGCGGGUCCCUGGGGUCAGAUACACCAAUGAGAAGACCACCUGGGUAGAUCUGAUCCACCGCAGGAUGGUGGUAGAGGAGGGGGGCGUGUCUCUGUCAGAGAGGCGCACAGACGGUGCUCUGUGUCGUAAAGUUCACUUGCACACGUCUCUCUCACAUCCCUGCCUCGGCCUCAACAUCCGCGGAGGAACAGAGUACGGCCUCGGUAUCUACGUCUCCAAGCUGGACCCAGGAGGACUGGCCGAGCAGGGCGGGAUUAAGAUGGGGGAUCAGAUCCUGUCAGCCAAUGGCGUGAGCUUUGAGGAUAUCACUCACAGUAGAGCCGUGGAAGUCCUGAAGAGCCAACACCACCUCACACUGACCAUCAAGGAGGCGGGGAGAUACCCAGCUUAUCAGGAGCUAGUGGCAGAGUACAGCUGGCUCGAUAAACGAAGCAGUAGAGCGUUCCAUUCCUCAUCGCGGAGGUCGGACUCGUCCUCCUCUGCCUCCUCUCUGUCCUCUGGAACCCCCCUCAGCUCAGUCGCUGGUCUCUCCCAGGCCACGCUGCCUCUCUCUCUGCCCCUCAGGUGCCAGAUGACCGACAUGUCCAGCUUGACAGAGGGCCAGAUUCUCACAGAUCCCAUGGAAAACGAGUUCCACGCAGAGACGAGUCUGAGCCGCGGCCCGACUGAGCUCCUGCGGGACUCGGCUAUCCGUAACGAAGGAGGAGGAGGAGGAGGAGGUGACGAGAGAAGAGAGGGGAGGAAAACGUCUCUCCUUAUGGCACUAAGCCGACCUGGUCCACCCAUCCGCAGGACCCAGAGUCACAUGACAGUCUCAGAAGAGGAACAGAGGAAGCAGAAGGGAGCAAGAGAAGAAGGUGGGAUCUCCCUGCAGCGUUCCAAAACCUUCCUCGGCCUGCUUUGGAAGAGGAGCUCGUCCAAGGAGCGUUCCAAAUCGCCAUCCCGAUCCGAACCUGGUCAUGGUACGACAAGCAGCAGGUUGUCAGAUCAGGAAGUGCUGACUCAGGUGGAGGAAAUGGCCACGAAGCUGCUGGAGGAGGAAGACGUAGCCGUCCUCGUGGAGAUCUGUAAGCGGUAUACAGUGGAGCGAGAGUUGAAGUCUCUUGUGCGCCCCCUGCUGGCCAUUCUGGAUGGACCGGAGAAACUCCUGUUACUGAGGGAGAUCAGACUGCUCGUCCCUAAGGAGGAUCUUCAGCAGUUCAACAGCACGGUGAAGCCCUUCGAGGAGGAAGCCUAUGACAUAUUAAAGAGACGCUCUCGACAGUCGUCCCCUCUGCGCUCCCCCAAGGCAGGCCACGCCCCCAAGCGCCACCUCAUCACACCUGUACCAGACCAGCAUGGUGGAUUCGAGCUUCAGGCAGCUGAGGACAUGGACAGACAGAACCGGCUGCUGGAACAAUUACAGCGUCUUCGUGCGCCUCAGACGCAGAACCAGACGGAGGAACCUAGCCAAGCGUCCUUCGCUCCUCUGCUGGACAUUCCUGUGGACUCAUAUUCUCACCCAGAUUCCCUCAAACACCCCAGAUCAUCUCCAACAAUCCCCAACUGGCUGCUGACACAAAAUCCACACUCUCCUCCCAGCGAGGACGACGAGCUCGAGACGACCUCGAGAAGGGGGAGGACUCCUUUCCGAAACGGACACUCGCAAAGCGAAGCGAAUAAAAAAGAGAAAGCAGGACGUGAUGUUUUCUUCACCGUACUGGACACCCCUCGUCACAGGAGGCCACUCCUGGCUCAGGUCUUCGGUCCACUCAGGAGAUCGCAGAGCUCCGAAGCGCCCUCUGUAGGACACAGCGGGGAAAAGCAGGCGCAAGAACCUCAGGAGUAUGAACUCAAAACCGUCUGCAUCAGCAAAACCAAGCGCUCACUGGGGAUCAGUAUCUCGGGUGGCGUGGAGUCCAGAGUGCAGCCCGUGGUCAAAAUCGAGAAGAUCUUUCCAGGAGGAGCUGCGUCUACUAACGACAUGCUGAAGGCUGGCUUUGAGCUGGUGUCAGUAGACGGCGUAUCUCUGCAGGGCAUCACGCAUCAGAACGCGGUGGAAAUCAUCCGCCAAGCCUUCAGCAACAAGCACACCGAUCCCAUGGAGCUGGUGGUGAAGGUCCCUAAACACUCCUGAGACACCACUGAGCUCUAAUCGCGCUUUAAACACCACGUUAUACUAAACUGCUGUGUAAAAACCUCGUCCGGACGCCUCACGUGACAGCGUGAGGGGAGAAAAAGAACACGGCCGCAUCCCAGUACUGUCUCUAACAUGCUCUCCUCCAGUUCUUCUCACGACUGGGAACCAACUAACUGACCAGCUAACUAUCUAGACUCUCUUUACUCUCUAGAUGCAUUUGAGCUGCUUGAAGUGAGACGUUACGUCACAUUUCGUCGAAUGUCCCAAACACACACACACCGUCAUGUUUCGUUAUAUCGCAGUGUUGCGAUGUUUCUGAUGUCUUAAAAAAAAACAAAAAAAAAACACCUCAUACGCCACUCAUUUUCAUCACCACGUUGUCCUCCGGGUUUGUUCUUCUUGUUCGACAGCCUAACUUGUGAUAUGAUUGGCCAGGACGCCGAUGUCACUCAGGGCUUUUCUGAAACGUUGAAGCUCUUUGAAUUAAUGCGGGAAAAAUAUAGACAUUGGCGAAUUUUUUAAUGCAAUCGAUUCUGAUUAAAAAAAAAAAAGAUCUGAUUUGAGCAGUUAUCAGAUUUAUUCAGGUGUUAUUAAAUCCGUUCUGGAAAAGAAAGCAGGAUUAAUCAGAGCUUGUACACUGUUUUUCUGCUAUCUGUAGUUUUCUCCAUGUCUGUGCGUGUACACGAAGAUUAAUUCGAUAUUAAACUGCUGAAAUGUGAGAGUAAAAAAUAUUCCUAAAUAAAUAUGGCUCUUUAUUAUGAAUGAAUAUGUGCAGAUCUACAUUAUUAAUAACGCUUAUGCAGCUGUUACUAAUAAUAGGUCUGUACAUGUAUUUUUAAAGUUUAAAGAUAAUGAAAGAAUCCAAAAAGACACUAUUUACAGAAUGCAGAGGUGAGGCAACAUCAUUAACGCAUCAGUCCAAGAUCUAUUGGACGCUUG